AUGCUGCUCUGCAUCAUUCUCCCAAGAGUUUCAACUGAUGAAGCCACACAUUUAAACGCCACAUCUUUGAGAGAACUGCUUAUCUCGUCAUUUCAAGAAAGCCAGCGAAUGCUACACGAAGCCUCUCUCCACUGCAGACAAAGACGAAGCUCAGCCUCCUCUUCCAUGCAUGUGUCUCCAUUCCUUCGGCAAACGGAGCCCGAGACCCUGGAGAAUUCCCGAGCUGCAGAGCUUUUUCAAACAACACUGCACGUCCUCGACAACAGAGCGAGACAGAGAUAUAAGAGGGAUGUCAUGGCACCAGGACUGCUCUCAUGGGAAGACGUGGAGCUGAUUGCCGAGCUGUCUCGAUGUCCUCCUGUGACACAUCCAAACAUCUGUCAUCAAAGUCACCUCAACAAAUACAGCUCCAUAUCUGGCCUCUGCAAUAACAGGCAAAAUCCUCUCAGGGGAGUAGCCAGCACUCCCUUGGUCAGAUGGCUUCCAGCUGAAUACGAAGACGGAGGGAGAGAGCCCAAGGGCUGGAACCAAGGACGGCUCCAUAAUGGAUUCCAACUUCCCCCGACAGGUGAUUCUAUCAAAGCUGCACGAGGUUGCAUGCCUUUUUUUCGCUCCAACGCAGCCUGCGCCAUCCAUCGUGGCUCAGAUAUUCGACAAGCUCUGCAGCGACAGCAGAUGAACGGCAUCACAUCGUUCAUAGAUGCUUCGACCGUGUACGGCCACAGUCCAAGGCUGCAGAGCUCCCUCCGUGACCUCUCUGGCCUCGAUGGGAAGCUUGCUGUCAAUGACCAGUUCAGGGAUCACACAGGAAGAACAUACCCUCCAUCCGUCGCCAAUCUGCCAUCCGCCUGCCGCCAGGGUCCGCACGUGGAGAGAGUCGAAUGUUUCAGAGCUGGAGACAGUCGGCUGAAUGAGGGUCUGCCCCUGAUCUGUCUGCACACACUGUGGCUCAGGGAACACAACCGGAUCGCAGAGGCACUGAAACACAUCAACAGUCAUUGGAGCCCGGAGACUAUUUACCAAGAAACUCGCAAGAUUGUCGGAGCACUGCAUCAGAUCAUCACCAUGAGAGAUUAUGUUCCAAAGAUCAUUGGCGAGGAGUCUUUUGAACAUUACAUUGGACCCUAUCGGGGAUAUGAUCCAACUACAGACCCUUCAACAUCCAAUGUGUUUGCGACCGCUGCAUUCAGGUUUGGCCACGGCACCAUCUCUCCAAUACUCCAGAGACUGAAUGAGAGCUUCCAGAUGCAUGAGCACUUCCCCCACCUGAGAAUCAGUAGCACUUUCUUCAGUCCAUGGAGAAUAGUCAAAGAAGGUGGAAUUGAACCGACCCUGAGAGGUGCAAUUGGAACUCCAGCAUCUACAGCAAGCGCAAACAUGCUGUUGACAGAGGAGGUAACAGAGAGGCUAAUCGUUCUCAAUAACUCACAGUUCAUGGACCUAGCUUCACUGAACCUACAGAGAGGACGGGAUCACGGCCUUCCAGGAUACAAUGAUUGGAGGUCAUUCUGUGGAUUGGAGCGCAUCAAGACACUGGAAGAUCUCAAAGAGGUUGUAAGAGACUACAGGGUUGCAGAGAAGAUAUUACAACUAUACAAAAAUCCUGACAAUAUUGAUGUAUGGCUUGGAGGGCUUGUUGAAGACACGUUGCCAGGCUCAAGAACUGGUCCCCUCAAUGCUUGCCUGAUUGGAAAGCAGAUGAAAGCCUUUCGUGAUGGUGAUAGGUUUUGGUGGGAGGCUGACGGUAUGUUUAGCCAGCAACAGAAGGAUGAGCUUCUAAAUGGUUCUCUGUCUCGGAUCAUCUGUGACAACAGCAACAUCAGGGAAGUCCCCACUGAUUCAUUGAGGUUUGGGAAAUUCCCCAAUGAUUACUUAUCCUGUGAUCACAUGCCAUCCAUCAAUUUGGAAGCUUGGAGAGAAGAGAAGAGCCGAGACUUAGUACAGUGUGGAACUCCAAGACAGAUAAAGAAUGGGGAUUUUAUUCUGUCCUCGACAUCUGGCAAACUGGUUGCUCUGUACUCCUGUUACCAUGGUUUCAAGUUAAAGGGUGCCGCUGCAAUAAUUUGCGAGGAAAAUCGAUGGAGUAAUCAACCCCCACAAUGUACAGGUACAUGA